CCAUAAGUUUGAGUAAGUUCUUCUGAGUGGUCUUGUGACAAAAGCACAGAAUACCUACGGUUACCGGUACAGAACUUUCUCUAACUGUCUUUUAUCGGCUCAUUUUUGUAACGGUUUACCGUUGUUCCCCGUUACCGUUGCAUGCCUAAUCGUCAUGUGAUAGGGCAUGGUUGAAAGUCUAUGUUUCCAUGUGUUUUGAGGUUUCCAAACGAGAGUUUCAAGUGGUCCCAGAGCUUGCAGCAGAUUCCGGUCUCCUGCCUAACUUCAUCAGAUGAACACCUCUUUCUUUCGUGGACUUGUAGAGGACGCCAAGAGCUAUCAUUUGUAUAUUUCAGACAUCGCUAUGGAACAUAAAUCUGUGACAAUCUACUCUGUCGAAGGCUUGUCAGGGUAUAUUCGUCUGCGUCGUUCAUUUGACUACGAUGUACAAUCUUCAUAUUGGUUAACUCUUCGUACAACGAUAUUUAAUGCUCGACCACAAUUUUCCCAUAUUCAUGUUUAUAUCAGUAUUCGAAAUGAAAAUAAUUUUAUUCCACAAUGUCACCAUGUUUACGAAGAAAUUACGUUAGUCGAACAACAUCAAACACCAUUUAUUCAAAUUAAAGCCGUAGAUAAAGAGAAAGAUGAUCAAUUGAACUAUGCUAUCGUUGAAGGUGAUGAAAAACAACUGUUUUAUAUUGAUUCCAACAAUGGACAAAUUAGUUUUCAAAGACCAAUGCAUCAACGACAAGAUAAACGAAUCUAUGUAUUAACAAUUCGUGUGUCGGAUAGUGGUCGUCCAACAUUGUCAAGUGAUUGUUUAUUAAAAGUAAAUGUUUUACGAAGAAAAGAUGUGCGACCACAAUUUUUACAUAAUGAAAAUGAAAAUACUUAUUAUUUUGAAUUACCCGAAAUAAAUCGAUCUCGAUUAAAACAACGUUUAUUUCAAAUUGUGGCUAUUCUUAAUUUACCAGAAAAGAUGCAAUUUAAUAAUAAUUUACAAAUUCGUUAUCGUCUUCUAGAUCCAACAAAACAUUUUGUUAUAAAUAAGGAAACGGGCUAUAUUGCAGCAAGACAAUCGUUAACAUCCUAUUCGAUUUAUUCAUUUCAGAUUGAAGCAUUUACAGUCAUUCCAAGUUUAUUUCAAAAUGAAAUCUAUUCAUCAAAUAAAAAAUAUCGUUCAAUAUCUCAACGAAUACAAAUGCCUGUUAAAGUUCAAAUUCUUCCAUUUUCACGUUCAACCGUAAAUCAAAUGAAAAUAAUUCAUACUAUUCCAUUAAUACAAGAAUUAUUAUCUAAUAAACAAGUUGGUGAUGAAAUCAUGAAUUUAAAUCAAUUUGAUACGAAAAAAAGUGAAAAUCGUACAAAAUGGUUUAUUUUAAAUGGAAUUAUGAAUCAAACAAAAUAUUUUCACGUUAAUUUACAUACCGGACAAUUAUUUUUAAUUCGAUCAAUUAUGAAAUUAAUAUCAGAUUAUCAAUCGCUUAAUAUUACGAUUAAUGAAACAGAUGAUUGGAAAACAGUCAUCAUUUAUCAAAUAACUAUUCGAAUUAUUUCGAUUAAUAUUGAAAAUCGUUUAAAAUUUACUCAGUUAAAUUAUUAUGUAUCCAUUGUUGAAAAUAUUCCAGUGGGUGUUGAAAUAACUCAAAUGAAUAUUAAUUCGACAAAUUCAUCAUCAUGUACAUAUGGAAUACAAAAUGUUGAACGAAAAAAAUCUGAUGGACUCUUUCGUAUUAAUCAUUAUAACGGUAUUGUUAGUACUGCUCGUCUUCUAAAUAAACAAACAAAUGGUGGUUAUGAUCAACAUAUAUUAACUAUUGUUUCCCAUUGUCAUCAAGAUAAUUUAGUUGAAUUUUAUGUUAUUAGUACUCGAUUACACAUAAAUAUAUUAGAUUUAGAGAAUGAUAAUAUGAAAAAUAUGUCAUCAAUAUUAGUUACAGAAAAAAAUGAUUAUCAAUUUUUAAAACAAAAUUAUAUUGUUAUUAUUAAUUCAACAUUUUUAAAUGAAAAAAAAGAAUUAGUUAAAUUUCAAUUAGAUAAAUCAAAUAAAAUAAUUAAUUUUAAACCAAAAAUUAAUUCAGGAGAUCCAUAUGGUUUAUUUACUAUUGAAAAUCAUUCAUUAAUUCUAUUAGAUCAACGUCGUACUCGUUUAUAUAAAUAUCCAUUAAUGUUAACUAUUAUUAAUGAUUCCAUUAAUUGUACUGUCACAAUUUACAUUUCAAAUAUUGGAUUACAAAUGAUAUGUCCGGUAUGUAAAUUAACGUGA